AGUCUUGCACAGGUGUAUAGGCUCCUCCCCUCCAGUCUUGCACAGGUGUACUGGCUCCUCCCCUCCAGUCUUGCACAGGUGUACCGGCUCCUCCCCUUCAGUCUUGCACAGGUGUACCGGCUCCUCCCCUUCAGUCUUGCACAGGUGUACCAGCUCCUCCCCUUCAGUCUUGCACAGGUGUACUGGCUCCUCCCCUUCAGUCUUGCACAGGUGUACCAGCUCCUCCCCUUCAGUCUUGCACAGGUGUACCGGCUCCUCCCCUCCAGUCUUGCACAGGUGUACCGGCUCCUCCCCUUCAGUCUUGCACAGGUGUACCGGCUCCUCCCCUUCAGUCUUGCACAGGUGUACCAGCUCCUCCCCUUCAGUCUUGCACAGGUGUACUGGCUCCUCCCCUUCAGUCUUGCACAGGUGUACCAGCUCCUCCCCUUCAGUCUUGCACAGGUGUACUGGCUCCUCCCCUUCAGUCUCCCACAGGUGUACCAGCUCCUCCCCUUCGGUCUUGCACAGGUGUACCGCCUCCUCCCCUUCAGUCUUGCACAGGUGUACCGGCUCCUCCCCUUCAGUCUU